GCCACCUUGGCGCGGAUGAUUUCCUCCGCAUCCCUUUCGAGACAAUCCUAAAUUACAACCUUUUUUUAUGCCCUCCUGGGUUCUGCGAUAGCCUCAGAUGGCUCCACUACAGUUCGACGCAGACGGCAACGGGACAGGCGCCCCGAUCGCCGAAGUAUCCAGCCAUGUCUCUAUGCCUACGAAGCGACAACGAUGGGCGACCACGCGUAUGCCCGCAUCGGGGGGCAUGAAGAAACGAGUCUCGAUCAUCGAUCGCUUCCAUAAACGAGGGGCUUCGAAGGAUGAGAAACGGAAGUCUGGCUCAAGCACGUUGCCUCCCGUCAAUGAAUCGUCAAGUGAAGACACCCAGGAUCCGGAGGCUCCUGCGAGGAGAGUGUAUUUCAACAUCCCGGUUCCAGACGAGGAGAAAGACGAGGAGGGCCUCAUUAAGGCUAAUUACCCUCGAAAUAAGGUUCGGACUGCAAAGUAUACGCCGUUAACUUUCGUCCCCAAAAAUAUCUGGUUCCAGUUCCACAAUAUCGCGAACAUUUACUUCCUUUUCAUCAUUAUCCUAGGCUUUUUCCCUAUCUUCGGAGCUGAUAACCCUGGUAUGAAUGCGGUUCCUCUAAUCGUUAUCGUGGUGGUCACUGCGUUCAAGGAUGCGAUCGAAGAUUGGCGACGUACCGUGUUGGACAACGAAGUGAACAACUCGCCGGUAUAUCGCCUGGUUGAGUGGAAUAAUGUCAACUCUGUUGAGGAUAACGUUUCCUUAUGGCGCCGGAUUAAGAAAGCGACAACUCGCGGUGUUGUUUUCACCUAUCGGAAACUCUCAUCGCUCUCACGAAAGAAACAGCCGUCCAAUGACUUCGAGGAUGAGAGAGAACCAGCCAACGAUCCGCGGGUUUCGAUGUACUCUCAACGCCAGUCGAUGUACUCUCAGCGCCAGUCGAUGUACGCCCCUGCCGGUGAAGAGGAAGGGCGGGAAGCCAUUCAGAUGACACCGGUUCCAUCUCCCGUUCCCGACACUCUCCGCCCUCCUCAGGAAAGUUGGGCUAUGGAUUCGGCCGUUGACGAUGGCCAUCUUCAACAACCCGGCAGAAUUGACCGCCAGAGUCUCCUGGCAGCCCCUAAAAAGGUUGGUAGCAUCAUUAACAGGACGAAGCAGACACCGGGAAAGGCUAGGUUCAAGCGCGAUUACUGGAAAAACGUCCAGGUUGGAGAUUUCGUGCGUAUCUACAAUGAUGAGCCGAUUCCAGCUGAUAUUAUCAUUUUGUCUACCUCUGACCCUGAUGGUGCAUGCUACGUGGAAACGAAGAGUCUGGAUGGUGAGACCAACCUCAAAGUUCGGCACGCUCUUCACUGUGGACGCGAAGUCAAGCAUGCUCGGGAUUGUGAAAAGGCCGAAUUUGUCAUCGAUAGUGAACCACCGCACGCCAAUCUGUAUGCUUUCAGCGGUGCGAUCAGAUGGGAACAGUGCGACGAGAAGCAUCCCGAGGCUCCUCGAAAGGAGAUGGUUGAACCCAUCACUAUCAACAACAUGCUUCUCCGUGGCUGCAGUGUCCGCAACACUGACUGGGUUCUCGGCAUUGUACUGUUCACUGGACCGCAAACUAGGAUCAUGCUGAACUCCGGCGAGACUCCUAAUAAACGUGCCAGACUCGCCAGGGAGCUCAACUGGAACGUCAUCUACAAUUUCAUUAUCUUGUUUCUUAUGUGUCUUAUUACCGGAAUUGUCAACGGGGUUGCCUGGGGAGAAGGGCACAAGUCUCUGAAUUACUUCGAUUUCAAGUCGUACGGUGGGACCCCUGCGGUUACUGGUAUCAUCACAUUCUGGGUCGCUGUCAUCCUGUUUCAGAACUUGGUUCCUAUCUCGCUAUAUAUCUCCCUGGAAAUUGUCCGGACUAUCCAGGCGGUAUUCAUCCACAGUGACACCUUCAUGUACUAUGACAAACUGGGGACAUCAUGUGUCCCGAAGUCAUGGAACAUCUCGGAUGAUGUCGGACAAAUCGAGUACAUCUUCUCCGACAAGACGGGAACUUUGACCCAAAACGUUAUGGAGUUCAAGAAAUGUACUAUCAAUGGUGUGCCCUAUGGCGAAGCGUUCACGGAGGCGCAGGUCGGUAUGAAACGACGAGAGGGAGGAAAUGCGGAUGCAGAAGCGGCAAAAGUACGGGAACAAAUUGAAGUUGACCGGAUCAGGAUGUUGGAGAUGCUUCGAAGUAUCCACAACAAUCCGUAUCUAAAGGACGAUAAUCUGACAUUCGUUGCCCCCGACUACGUUGCCGAUUUGCAGGGUCAGUCCGGUGAAGAGCAAAGGAAGGCUGCCGAACACUUCAUGGUCGCUUUAGCUGUGUGUCACACGGUUGUCACUGAACACACACCUGGGGAUCCCCCACAGAUAGAGUUCAAGGCGCAGUCUCCCGAUGAGGCUGCUCUGGUUGCCACAGCCCGUGACUGCGGUUUCACUGUCAUUGGAAGACAUAACGAUGAUCUUAUUGUCAACGUUAUGGGUGAAGAACGGACCUACACAGUGAUGAACCUCUUGGAAUUUAACUCUUCCAGGAAGAGAAUGAGUGCUAUUGUCAGAAUGCCUGAUGGUACUAUUAGGCUCUUCUGCAAAGGAGCUGACAGCAUCAUAUAUUCUCGCUUGGCCCGUGGAAAGCAGCAGGAGCUCAGAAAGACGACGGCUGAUCACUUGGAGAUGUUCGCUCGGGAAGGACUUCGGACACUCUGUGUUGCAGAGAGAGUUCUUAGCGAGCAGGAAUACCAAGAAUGGAAUAAAACACAUGAUCUUGCCGCGGCAGCGCUCACUGACCGAGAAGAGAAACUUGAGGAAGUCUCGAGCGCGAUUGAGCAAGAACUUAUGCUCAUCGGAGGCACCGCUAUCGAGGACAGACUGCAAGACGGUGUACCUGAUACGAUCGCCUUGCUGGCUGAUGCUGGUAUCAAGCUCUGGGUGUUGACUGGUGACAAGGUGGAGACGGCCAUCAACAUUGGCUUCUCUUGCAACCUGUUGAACAACGACAUGGAUUUGAUCGUCUUUAAUAUUCCUGAAAGCGAGCCGGAAAGAGCAGCAGCCGAACUCGACAAGCAUCUGCAGCUAUUCGGCCUAACAGGCUCCGAUGAAGAACUUUUGGCUGCUCGGCAAGAUCACUCGCCACCAAGCGCGACACAUGCUGUCGUGAUUGACGGUGAUACGCUGAGGCUAAUGUUGGGCGAUGAACUGAAACAGCGAUUCUUGUUGCUUUGCAAGCAGUGCAAGUCCAUUCUAUGCUGUCGAGUCAGCCCCGCCCAAAAAGCUGCAGUCGUUCGUUUGGUUAAGAACGGUCUGAACAUCAUGGCUCUGUCAAUUGGAGAUGGUGCCAAUGAUGUUGCUAUGAUCCAAGAAGCGGAUGUGGGAGUCGGUAUUGCUGGAGAAGAAGGUCGUCAGGCUGCCAUGGCGGCUGAUUAUGCCAUUGGCCAGUUCAGAUUCCUUCAACGGCUGGUUCUGGUGCACGGAAGAUGGUCUUACCGCAGACUUGGAGAGACCACUGCGAAUUUCUUCUAUAAGAACCUUGUCUGGACAUUCGCCUUGUUCUGGUACUCGAUAUACAAUGAUUUUGAUGGCUCUUACCUUUUCGAUUACACCUAUAUUAUCCUCGUCAACGUGGCAUUUACAUCUCUGCCUGUCAUCUUCAUGGGAAUCUUUGACCAAGAUGUUGACGACAAAGUCUCCUUGGCUGUUCCUCAACUUUAUAUGAGAGGCAUUGAACGGAAGGAAUGGUCCCAACGCAAAUUCUGGCUCUACAUGCUGGACGGAAUGUACCAGUCGCUGAUAUGCUUCUUUAUGCCCUACUGUCUAUACCGGCCCGCGACUUUCGUCCAUGCUUCGGGUUUAAACGUCAAUGACCGUGUGCGGAUGGGUGUGCUUGUCGGUGCAGCUGCCGUUAUCGCCAGCAAUACUUAUAUUCUCAUGAAUACCUACCGCUGGGACUGGUUGACGGUCUUGAUAAAUUGCAUCAGCUCGCUGCUGAUCUUCUUCUGGACCGGCAUAUACAGUUGUUUUACCGCGUCGGGUCAAUUCUACAACUCGGCAUCUGAAGUCUACGGUGCUCUCUCGUUCUGGGCCGUGCUCCUCAUUACGGUUAUCAUAUGUCUACUGCCCCGCUUUUCCAUCAAGGCGAUCCAGAAAGUCUAUUUCCCUCGCGAUGUUGACAUCAUCCGUGAACAAGUCACACUAGGCAGAUUUAAAUAUCUGGACCAAUUCGAAGCGUACGUGCCACCGUCGGCUGCUGCUAUGGCGAGCACGGACUCAGCGACAUCAUCUGAACUAGGCAAGCCGAUUCAACCAGAUCUGAAACAGGAUCCCUCUCUUCCCGAAGAUGAACGCCCUAUAUAUCCGCCGUCAGUUACGCCCACUUCCAACACUCACAACCCGCGCAGUCAGAACGGCAGUAACGCGACCGACUACACGGCCAGUAUCGACUACCACCAAAUCCCCGGGGCGUCGUGGGACCCAACCGGUCCUUCUGUGGAUAAGAUGCGGCGAAGCUGGGAAGCUAGCAAUGACUUCUCUUCCGCUGCAAUGCUGGACCGUGUUGAGUCGACAAAUGAGGAGCCUCAAAGCCCGCAUAGUCCGCUGAAGAGUCCUAAAGAUCCUCCUUCCAAUCCUGCAUAAACAAUCAUUAUCCUGUCCUGUCAAUUUUCGGAUGCCCUUGACGAAGAGUUUAGUCGGUUUUGCGGUCGGUAAUUUCCCCUUUGCCAUUUUUAUUUUCCAUUUUUGGAUUCCCAGUAUUUUUGAACUCAUUUUUUUCUCCUUCAAAAUUCCCUAUAGAUGGCGUUCGGUU